AUGUCCGUCACCCUACACACCACCUUGGGAGACCUCAAGAUCGAGGUCUUCUGCGAGAGUGUGCCCAAGACCGCAGAGAACUUCCUGGCCCUCUGCGCCUCGGGCUACUACGAUGCCUCCCCCCUCCACCGCCUGAUUCCGAACUUCAUGGUCCAGACCGGCGGGCCCGCGAACCCCUCACCGCCCGACAACCCCAAAGGCGGCCGCUCCAUCUGGGGCGGCCCCUUUGAGGACGAGAUCCGGCCUGCGCUGCGUCACUCGGCGCGCGGCAUCAUCUCCAUGGCCAACAAGGGCCCUGGCACGAACGGCUCCCAGUUCUUCAUCCUCUUCGACAAGGCGCCGCACCUCGACGGCCUCAACACUGUGUUCGGCCACCUGCUCGGCGACGAGAGCACCGCGACGCUCGCCAAGAUUGAACGCGUCGAGAUUGACAAGAAGAGCCGCCCGAAGGAGCCGAUACGUAUUGAAAAGGUCACUGUGCACGCCAAUCCGCUUGCUGGGUGA